GAGAAGCAGCAGGUUUUGUGAGGCUUAAGCACAUUUCUCACAUAAUAUUAGGGCCCCGGUAUCCACCCCCCCUUUCCGGCGAUCUUUUCGAUGGCGUCCUCCGAGGUGGACCAGAAGUUCCUCGGACGCCUCGCAAAAUCUGUCGAGCCCAACAAUGCGCUGCUCGCGUCGAUGCUGUUUAAGAUAUUGGGGCUUUCGAUCAACGUAGCCGGGCAGUUAGUGAAAGCGCGCAAACAGCGCCGCCUCGAUACCACGCGCGUGACUCAGUCACUCGAGCUCUACUUUCACAUAUUAUGGCUCUCGCGUGAGGGCCUCGUCAUGCUCGAGCAGUAUGUUUUACCCAUGGUUGGCGACUACGUCGAGCUCAAGGUCCUCGCGUACAAACUACGCGCGUCCUUCUACCACAUAUUCGUCCUAUUUCAUAACAACCCCCCGGUUUCGCCCGUGGGAAUUGCGACGACACCCCAGGCUCUCGCCGCGGAGAUGACGCCGGAGCCGUUACGGGUCGAUAAGGGGAAGGGCGUGGAUAGGAGCAACCCGGCAGCAUUCAUACCGCCCCAGUACUUGCGAUCGUCGGUACAGCCAACUCACCCGUAUGAGCAAGGCGCACCAGCACCGCCCCCCGGCUUCGAGGCGCAAGUGCAGAUGCCGAACUUCACUCCAGAAGCGGCGGCCGCGUUUCUCCUACCGUCCGUAGACUACUUACCAACAGCACACCAGUACUUCCGGGAGGCUAUUUCGUUAGCAGAUAACUUGUUAUGGGGAUCGCACUCGCUGCGACUUUCCGUGAAAACGGAGUACGCGGCGUUCCUAUACGAUUGCGUCCACGACCGAGAGGGAAGCCGACGAUUGGCGAAACAGACGAUCGCGGAGGUGUACGAAGCGACGGAGGGCCUGGACGAUGAUAUGUACGACGACGCGUGCGAGCUCGUGACUGUGCUCGGCAAGAUGAUGAAGCGCGGCCUGGGAGCGGGAAGUUCGCGAAGCGGCGGAAGACCCAGUCCUAGCGUGACGCAAGCUGCCGCUGUUUCCCAGAGCGGCGAGAGCAGUGCGACGGUUGUACCGCCUGUUCCGCCCGUCGGCAUGGAGAAUCCAAUAUAAGGCCAAAACACGAUUAUAUCUCAACUAAUAAGGAUCCCAGAAACACUAUUCCCACACAUACCACGAACAACCUCUACGAAUGAUAAUAAUUCACAGCUAUACACUCAUAACGGUUCACGUCAAUGCCGUAUUCCUUGUAAUUAACUCAACCAUACCCUACCCAGAACGUACACGACCAGCACAUCCCAAGUGUUCAGAAUUAUUAACUCAAAAAGGGGGAAUUUGCCGUACCUACCUACAUACCUACCUACAUACCUCAUACAUACACGGACCCUACCACGUCUCAUACCCACCAAGAGACAACUAAUAACCACCCACCGGCAUCCCAUCCCAUCCCAUCCCAUCCCAUCCCCCUUCCCAGCACUUUAUUUUUCUCGUUCAUAAAAAGCGUUUGAUGAUACCCAGCUCCGUCCUGCGAGGCGGACAGACGGAUAGAGAAAGAGGUGGGGACUACGCGCCCUGCCCACCAUUGCAUUACAUACCAUGUGUAUUAGACAGCAUAGCUAGUUAGUUGCAGAUAGUUGCAGCGUAUUUAGUAGUUCGAGGGCUUUAUAGCUAGAGCUCUUGUUUUGAAACAUUACAGAAAAAAGUUUUGCAAAAUCUUAAUAAGUAAAGACUUCGUAGUUGAGUCUU